CGUCAUCACACAGCGACGUGUUGCUGGCAGCAGAGAGUUAAACAUUGGAGAAGAAUGAAGGGAAAACUCUCGUAGCUCCACACAGAAUGAGUCGUGAUGAAGAGACCAAAGCUGGCCGGAGUUUUCCUCUUCGUGAGCUGCCUGCUCGCCUACCUGAUGUUUGUGAAGCGUCACUACACCGCCACAAAGCCCGAAACCUACAGAAUACCUCCCUACCACCUACCCGGCUCGAACAGACCUGGAGACAAUAAGUUCGCCUCAGUCGCUGCUGCACAUAACUUUGAGUAUGGCAUCAUGUUUGAUGCUGGGAGCACUGGGACCAGAAUCCACAUCUUCAAGUUCCAGAUAGAGAACAAAGAAGUUCCCACACUGACCCACGAGACAUUCAAAGCCAUCAAACCUGGACUGUCUGCGUACGCGGAUGAUCCGGAGAAGUGUACGGCAGGAAUCGUGGAGCUUCUGGAGCUGGCGAAGUCCAGCGUCCCCCCCUCCAUGUGGAACGUCACCCCCAUGGUCCUGAAGGCCACAGCCGGCCUCCGCCUGCUGGAUGGAGCGAAGGCCAAGCUCCUGCUGGACAGGGUGAGGGCGCUGUUUCUGGACUCUCCGUUUCUGUCCAGAGACGACAGCGUGUCCAUCAUGGACGGCACUGAUGAAGGGAUUUCUGCCUGGAUCACCGUCAACUUCCUCACUGGUGGUCUUCACAGUGCUGACUCGUCCACAGUGGGCAUGUUGGAUUUGGGGGGGGGGUCGACUCAGAUCACCUUCAGUCCUCAAGAUGAGAAAACCAUACAGACCUCACCCAUCGACUACAUCAGGUCCUUCCAGAUGUUCAACAACACACACACUGUCUACACGCACAGUUAUUUGGGUCUGGGUCUGAUGUCGGCUCGUCUCGCCAUUUUAGGAGGCGUGGACGCUCCGCCCCUAGGGGGCAGCACUGAGCUGGUCAGCCCCUGUCUUGCUCCAGAGUACUCGGGCAGGUGGGGGCACGGUGACACCGUCUACACUGUGAAGGGUCAGAAGGCAGGGGAGCCUGUUUAUGAGGCAUGUCUGACCAAAGUGGAGAAGGUUCUGUACAGGAAGGUGACGAAGGUGUCCGAAGGAGCGGACAUGGACUUCUACGCCUUCUCCUACUACUACGACCGAGCCGUCGACCUCGGAGUCAUCGAGGAGGAGAAGGGAGGAACCAUCCGUGUGUCUGAUUACAUCGAUGCAGCUAAAAGAGUUUGCAGCGGUCUGUCCCUCAGUCCUCCGCAGAGUCCGUUCCUCUGUCUGGACCUGGUCUACAUCUCAGUCCUGCUACAGGAGCUUGGAUUCCCCCCGCACAGACAGUUCAAGCUGGCGAGGACAAUCAACCGGGUGGAAACCAGUUGGGCUCUUGGAGCAACUUUUCAUUACAUUGAGUCCCUGAAGAGACACUGAAGCUUUUAUUGUGAAAAGCUUUUACAACACAAAGAUCCUGAAUGUUCUGAGGAGAUCCUGGACCUCCUGAAGACCCCCAGACUCAUGGUGACCUCAUACAGUACCCAGACCUCAACCUCCAGAUCUCUGGAGCCGGAACCCUGCUGGUGAAAAGCAGCUUCUCAUCUGCAGCUCCUAUUGGCUGGUCCCAGGUGAUGUCACUCAGGUCCCAAUCCAAACCUGACGUGCUUGAAUUAAGUUACCCCCCCCCCCCCCCCCCAGUGUAGAGGCGCCAUUAAACUUUAAAAUGUUCAGAAAAACAAACCUUUUAAAAUUUACACGUCACCAACAGCUGCACCGUGAUGGAAGGAGUACAUUUACUCCAUUUCUGUACUUCAGUUCAAAUCCAAGGUACUUUUUACUCCACUACGUUUAUCUGAUGGCUUUAGUUACCAGUUACUUUUCAGAUUCCUUCCUGUCCAGUGAAAUUGCUGUGCAUUAAACUAGCCAUUCGUAUAUGAAGUAGUUCAUAGGUUCGAAGUGGACGUCACCUCAGUCCAGAGACCAGCCAAUAGCAGAGCAGUAUGACUCACCGGCUGCAGACUGUGGUUUAAACUGCAGCCAAUCGCAGGCCCUUCUGCCAUCUGUGUGUUACGGUUUUCUAAAUCCUCGUCGCUACAGGAAACAGCAACUUUUGAUCUAUGCUGAAAGUAGUUGCAGUGACCUGGUCGCUAAUGGUACGAUAAACAAGCUAACAGCUGUUUUCUUUUCGAGGGUUUUAGUCAUUUUAACGCCGGACUCGCCUCCACACCUGCAAACUUUCCACCAAAACAAGUUUCAAAGGGACACUGUUGCUGCACUCUUAGCCCCACCCAGCACGAGUGUGACUGGUUUGAAGAAAUACCCUCGUGCAGCGCUGCUAAUAAACAGACACGUCAGUACCUGCUCUUCACCAGCAGGUGUCAGGCUUCACACACACCUGAACAGAGUGAGGGACGUCUGACGUACACUCCCGCCCGCUUCUCAGACUCUUCAGGGGCUUCGGCUGCACUUUGCUUCAUGUUUAAGCUUUGAAGGACGAGUUGUGUCAAGUUUUUUGACAGAAACUCAGUUUCCUGUUUUUCUGAACAAGGUGACCUCGUGGAAACACUCCGAGCUGGAAACACUCAGAGGGAACUGACAGCUGCGACGUUCACACGUUAAUCAGCAGCUGUGAAAACCUUCACUUUUAAUCUUUAAAUCCUCAUUUAUAUGUUCGAUUUCUUCUUCUAUAUCUUGUUUUAUUGUAAAGGUUCUGGGUUUUUAACAGUUUGUUCUUGUAUUGAAUGUGUUGAUAAUUUGUACUGAUGGUGAAUGUUUGAAAUGAUGUUAAAGCCAAAAACAGUUUUUACUGAUUUUUGUUGCCAAAAUCCUCAAAAACAGAAAGAAAAAUUCAUUUUCAUUUGAAUCGCUGGGAAAAGUUCAUUUGGUGUCUCUCAGUUCGACUUCGGUCGUUCGUUUACACCCCUGACCGAAAGCAGCAGACUGGAGACCUUCACAGGUCCAGAUUCCUCCGGUUCACCUCGUCAGACGAACCUUCGUGGAGGUCGUGGUCUCAAGUCAAAGAAAGUGGUUUGAUGUCAGUCGGUGUGUCGACAGACCAGCUCAUUCAGGUUCUCCUGUUUACUGUCAUGAAAGAAAACGUUCUCAGUUUGAGGAAGAAUCUUUAAGGACCGAACUGUCCGGAGACUCUUUCUGUCUUUUCUGACGGCAGAAUGUUUCAACACUUUGAGAAUCGAAUCGACAGUUUGACUCUCGCUCUGAUGAAACCGCCGAGGUUCAGGCUGAAGAACCGUCAAACACAUCAGAUUUUACAGUUGAUCAGACUGAAACCUCGUAUCAUGUUGUGUUUAAACUUUACAUCAUGUGACAUCACAGGUCAACACUCAGCGGGUUUGAAUCUGACCAGUCUGCUCCUCUGUCCCAGUUAAACCAGUACACAAAGACACUGGAUUCAUGUCUCUGACCUCACGAUGUUAAACUUGAUGUUUCCAUCGACAGCGAGUCUGAUUGUUUUCUACUCUGAAGGAUCUCCGUUUCUACUCUUCUGGUUGUUAUGUGUGUGUGUCGGGUACAAAAUCUGCAAUAAACAGACCUGAAUGUGUUUCUGAACUCCUGCAGGUGUCGAACCGCUAAAUAAAGACUCUGU